UUGAACACACGCGCCUAAUAGCUCCUGAGUUUAGUCUUCUGAGUUCUGAUUAAUUAUCUAAGCAGUGAACCUGCGUAGACGUAAAUAGUUAGCCACGUGUGAUUUGCGAAGUGAAUACCGCGUGUUGCUUUGUUAUUCUUUAAAAGUGUGUUAUACACCAACAAUUACAAAGUGACAUAACCUAUUUCGCAUCCAAAUAAAAAUGGAAUUCGUAUCCAACUACGUGUUGGAGGGUAGCAGCAGUCGUGGUGGUUUCAUCAAAUCUCAUAAGGAUGCUCUUAAGGAAGUUAAAAUGUCACGCGCGUCAAAACUUUCUCAAGCCGAGUAUCUGAAAAAGUAUUUGUCAAAAAAUGGAGAUGACAAAAAAAAGAAAAGAAAAAUUUUCCAUUGCAGAGUUAAAAUUAUUGAUGAUGAUAUCAAUGAUUUCAAACCUUUGGAGAAUAUGAGUGAAGAAGAGAUUAUUUCUUCACUCAUGUCGCAGGAAGAUGCUCCACAAAUUGUAAUGGUUGAUGAUCGUUUGCCAACAGAUUUUAACAACAACAAACAGAGAUGGAAGCAAAUUGUAGCAGACUCAACAGAAGAAUCUGUAAGUCAGGUUCAACAGAAAGAAAUAGAUAUUGACAGCAGGACCUCUCGAAAAAGAAAAUCAGCUGAAGAAAAUUACCAUAAAAGCAGAAAUCAUUCUGAUUCUGAUCUAAGCCCUCCAAGAUCUAAAGGCAAAAAAAGUUACAAAGACAAUAGUACCUGGGAUACAAGAUCAGAAAGAGACCAGAGAAGAAAUAGUUCUGACUCAGAUUUAAGCCCACCUAGAUUUAAAUCAAAUAAUAAAUCUAAUUUGAUUUCAUCAAGAGCCGCUAAAAAGGAAAGGGAACCUAAAAAGGUGAAAAAAACCUUAGAUGGUACAUCAGCUGGCCUUCAAAAUAUCAAAUCUUUGAAAGAAGAAGAAGAAGCCAAGAAAAGACGUGAAAAUGAAAUGAUGGAAAAAAUGUCAAGAGAAAUGAGUGGCUAUGGUCAAUCUACUGUUGUUCGUGAUAGAAAAACAGGUAGAAAAAGAAAUUUGGAAAGAGAAGCUGAAUAUCAUCAUGAGAAGCAGCAAGAACAAGAGGAGAUCAAUGCCAAAUAUGCACAAUGGGGUCGGGGGUUGAAACAAUCUAAUGAUCACAUGAGUAAACUUCAUCAAGAUCUGAAAGAGAUGGACAAACCUCUUGCAAGGUAUGCAGAUGAUGAAGAUGUAGAAAAAGAAUUAAAAAGUCGUGACAGAGACGAUGAUCCUAUGUUGGCCUAUAUUAAAGAAAAAGAAAUUAAAGAAGGCAAAAGAGCACCAAGCUAUUCUGGCUCAUUCAUGCCCAAUAGGUUUGGUAUUAAACCAGGUUUCCGAUGGGAUGGAGUGGACAGAAGUAAUGGGUAUGAAAGCAAAUGGUUUGAACAGCAAAACAUGAAGAAAGCAGUUAAAGAAGAAGCUUACAAGUGGAGUAUUGCAGACAUGUAAAUUACCACUAAAUAAUAAGUAGU